AUGGAGGACGAAGAUGAUUAUCUCUCUGACAAAUUUCUGGCCGAAGCUCCUCCUACUCAACAGCCGAAGACCUAUGCGGAUAGGAGACGGCAAGCUCUCGCACACUCGCGCUCAAAGAAUGAUCAGAAUAGGACCAAGAGCCGGAGACAGCGUGAGCUACAGUCACGAGAGGAGGGUCUCAGCAAGAGCUUGUUCGAGAAGGCAGCUGAGGAAGAGGCCUUGCGCGGUGGGGCAGCUAACAAAGCUUUAGCAAUGAUGAUGAAAAUGGGAUUCAAGCCGGGGCAGUCAUUGGGCAGGGUAGACGACGCAACGGGUGGCACUUCAGAACCAUCAGAUUUGGGGAUACCAAUGGCAGCAUCAGACAGAGAAUCUUCAUCAAAAGUCAACGAUUCAAGUCCUCAAAAAAAUGCUCUCCAACAAAGGAUUGAGCCUCUGCCGGUAAACGAGUGGGCAGGCAGGAAGGGUAUCGGGCUGGGCAAACGUGCAGCCUCGCCAAGUGAUAUCGAACGACAAGCGAAAGCGGCUAAACUUGAGGAUACAAAUACUGAUUCCUUUAGAGAGCGCGCACGCCACGAGUUUGAGCAACGACAGGCUGAAAGCCAAUUGCUCCUCGCACAAAAUACGUGCGUCGACCUUGACGAGAAGGCGGGCAAGCAGUUCAACGUGCUUUGGUUGAAUCCCACCAACCCCGAGUCAUUUCCAGAAGAGCUGUUAGAAGCCUUGGAGGGCGCAUCCUUUACGAUAACCAACCACCAGGAUGGUCUCGAGAUACAAGAGUGCUUGAAAUCCCAAAUGCGUGCAGAUGCCUUGCAGCCGCUCAUGCCUGAUCUCAACGACGAAGUCGCGAAGCAGAAGGCCGAAAGGAGGGAGAUUCAAUUCUCGACGGAAUCAGUGGAUGAAGCAGCAGCCUUUCUGCACUUGAGUUCGAAGGCAAGGUUGGAGCGAGUUUUAGACUACCUCCGCAGUAGUUAUUCCUAUUGCUUCUGGUGUGGAGCACGAUACGAGGAUAUAGAGGAGAUGAGGCAGCAGUGCCCAGGUGCAGACGAAGAUGCACACGACUAA